ACUGAAGCUCCACAUUUCUUGAAAAAAUAAAUUCAUCGCAAUUCAAGUAUAGAAAUGAAAUUUUGAAAAUUUUCAGCACUGAUCAGCUAAAGCUUCUCUUUCCCGGUUUCUGGAUGCUGGCAAUCUUACGAUGACUCGUAUUGUAACAUAUGUUUAUGGAUCAAUCUUUCUUGUGACAAGCUUACUAUCUUGGGCUGCUCGCGAUUUUGGUUAUUCUACUUUGAAAGCAAUGAAAUGGCUAAGAGAUUGCAAUGGAGAAGAAGUUUGUUUGGGUGCACAAGGCGCCUUGAGAGUGAGUUUGGGGUGUUUCAUAUUUUAUUUUAUCAUGUUUGUAUCCACAGCAGGCGCUUCAACGAGGACUGGUCAUAGAGAAGAAUUUCACUCAGGGUGUUGGAUUUUUAAAAUCCCGAUGAUGGUUGUCCUCAUUGUAGUUUCAUUUCUUCUUCCGCCUAAUAUGAUAUAUAUCUAUGGAUUGAUUGCACAUUUUGGAGCUGGGAUAUUUUUAAUAUUCCAGUUGGUUAGCAUAAUCACUUUCAUACAAAUGGUAAAUGAUUGGUGCUACUCUGAUACAUCUUCCGACAAACGUCGUAUUAUUGGCAGCAUACUUGCAGUAGGUUCGAAUUUGUUGGCCGGCGGCUCGAUAAUCUUUUUGUUCAUUUGGUACGCGGAACGCACGUCUUGCAAACCUAACUAUACAUUUACCGGCGUAACUCUCGCUCUCUUCGUACUAAUGUCUUGUGCUACUCAUCGUUCUAAAGCCAAGGCUACUUAUCUGAAUUCGGGUUUCAUGGGAGUCUAUAUCACAUUCUUAUGCUGGUCUGCGAUCAAAAGUGAACCACACGGGGGAAGAUGCAUGGAAAGGGGAGGAACAGACACGCCACCUAAAGUACAUCUACUCACCAUCGUGAGCUUUGUUAUCGGCUUUGGUGCAAUGAUUUUUGCGACAUUCUCAACUGGCGUCGAUUCGAAAAGCUUUCAGUUCAAAAUAAAGGAGCGCCGAGAUGAUCAUGUUCCAUAUGGUUAUGGAUUCUUUCAUCUUGUUUUUGCGACCGCCUCCAUGUACUCUGCAAUGCUAUUAGUCAAUUGGAACACCAAAAAUCGGACGAAGUUUAUGAUUGAUGUGGGGUGGGCUAGUACUUGGAUUAAGUUCAUAUAUGAGCUUUUCGCAGCGUUUAUUUACUUAUUCAUUCUCAUCACAAGGAAAUCUGAGGAGGUCUGACAAAUAAGGGACUUUGCGUCUGACAAGCCAAAUUACGGGAAUCGAAAGUAGGGUACGAAUUUACGGGAGUCGGAUUCACCAAUUAGUUGUACAUGGAAUAGGUACAACUCAUUUCUUCUUGAAUUGGGACAAGUCAUGCAUGAGGAUCGAUGCUACAUAUUCACAUCCAGAACUACAUAGAAAUGGCAAUAUUCUUUUUCAUAUAUAUGGCGUGGAAGUAUAUCUUUAUACUUGCAAAUGUAAACCAGAAAUAUUUUCAUAAAUU